AUGGUACAUGGAGGUUAUCAACUGAAUCUGUUGAGCGACGCCGAGGAACCGAUCUAUAAUCUGACUGUCGGAGACGAUUUUAUCGGAUCUUCUGACCCUACGCGGCGGUACCAUGAAGUGACGUUACCAUUGGAUGAGUGUAGAAACUGUUCAAUACAGCUGCUCAGACAGGCGGGAGAAUGGAGUGCGGGAAAUUGUGGCCAGUAUAUAUUCUGGUCCUGCGCAGACGUCAAUAUCGUUCAGACUGCCCCAGGAAGUGACCUGUGUAAUGGUUUUCCACUGGAAAAUGAAGAAUGUGUAUGUAAAAAACCCUACCGAGGACCAAAGUGCCAGUACAAAGAUGAUUGUGAAACGGACGCAGAUUGCUCUGGACACGGAGAGUGCUCGACUUCUGAGGACUUUUAUCAGAAAAAGUACUGCUUCUGUGACAUUGGGUACUUUGGCAAAAAUUGUGAAAGAGAAUCUUCAAUCAAAUCUUUCAAUCUGGACAUGAGUAAAUACACAUAUACUGAUCUUUCCUCUAGGUUCCAACUCCUACACAGAAUUCUACAUCAAGAGGAAGAAAUAGAAGUUGUCUUGAAGGUGAAAACUGACACGUGGGUAGGAAUCGGAUGGAAACCAACAAAUUUCAGAUCAGGGUGUCAACACUUCCCGUAUCUUCCUGGCUACACUCCUGGAGCGACAGAUUCUAACAGUACAGCGGAGCCGGAAGUAACGUCAGAACCGGAAGUGACAUCAGAACCAGAACCAAAAACUAAGCCUGAACCAGAAGUAACACCAGAACCAACUUCCUGUCAAGGAAGUCAUAAAUCAUGUGACCAAGCCAGCUGCCCAUAUGAACUCACAUGGAUCCAGAAUCCUGCUACAGAUGAUAUCACGUUUACAAUGACUGCAGAUGUUCGUGACACUGAAUGGCUUGCUGUCGGGUUUUCAGGUGAUCAGAAAAUGGAGAACACAGAUGUGUAUCUAGGCUGGGUGGAUUCAUCAAGUAAAGUGGUCCUUACAGACAGGUUUGCAAGGGGCUCGUAUUAUACAGAGCCAGACAUAGAUGCAACCCAGAAUGUGUACAAUGUUUCCGGGAGUCGGGUGAGCGAGAAGACCUCGAUCACGUUUACUCGGAAAUUGGUCACUGGAGACAGUGCAGACUACUCCCUAUCUGAUGGGAACUGCUGGCACUACAUUAUGGCGUGGGGAGGAUCCUAUAACUCUAGUACAGGGAAAGCUUCCCGCCAUCGAGAUAAAGUGGUAUCAACUAAAAAGAUUUGUCUGAAAAGCUGUGACUCUAAACCAAAACCAGAGACAACAGCCGAACCACAGUCAUCUGCUGAACCCGAAUCAACAGCUGAACCUGAAACAACUGCUGAACCCGAAUCAACAGUUGAACCUGAAUCAACUGCUGAGCCCGAGUCAACAGCUGAACCUGAGUCAACAGCUGAACCUGAGUCUUCUGCCGAACCUGAAUCGACUGCCGAACCCGGGUCAACAGCUAAACCCGAGUCAACAGCUGAACCUGAAUCGUCAGCCGAACCUGAGUCAACAUCAGAACCUGAGUCCACUGCUGAACCAGAGGCAACUGUUGAACCAGAAGCAACAGCUGAACCAGAAAAUACUGCUGAACCAGAGCCAUCUGGAAACUGUGGAAGAGGAGUCUUUGCUGGCAGUAGUGACACAACUGGAAAUGUACCUCAUCCAAUGGACUGCACUGAUAUGGUUAUUGGUGCUGCCCGAGGUAUGAGAAGUUGGAUUGGGGACUAUUACACACGAGGGAGGUCCACCCCACAGAGAGAUGAAUUUUACGGAGGUACAGAAAGCUUGACGGCUGCCAGUGGGUUUGAGCGUUCUGGGUAUACCUACAUUAUUUUCCGGAGGAAACUUAGAGCCUAUGAGAGGACUGAUUAUAACAUAAGCGAUAACUUUAUGAGUGUGAUCUGGGCACAAGGACAAGACAAGGGGAAUUACAUUCAUAUUCCUAAAACAGGGAUAGAUGUUGUUUCUACAGCAUCAGACCCUAACUUCUACAAACAGGAUGAACUAAGAUACCAUGGGCAUGCUGAUCACAGGGGAACAAGGACCAUGAACUUUUUUGACGGCAACAGAGAAAAUACCCAGCCUCCUUCAGAGUGUAAAAAUCAAUGGGGAAGAUGUUUAGGGAAUAGUGACGUCAAUUGCUUCUUGGUCAGGUGGACAUAUGACACUGACCGGAUUACAUUUACAUUAAAAGCCUACCUAGAAAGGAACCAAUGGGUUGGAAUAGGGUUCAACGACAAGCAGGCUAUGGGCGGAGCUGACGUAAUUGUGGGAUGGAGAAGAGAAAACGGUGAUACCGUUAUUCAGGACAGAAAAGCCAGUGGUUACUCUGAACCACCACUAGAUACUCAACAAGAUGUUACAUUGAUAUCGAGCGCUAGAGAAGAUUCCAUCACGACCUUGAAUUUUAGUAGACCUUUGGCGACAAAUGAUGCAAACGAUUUCUCUCUGUCAUACAACUGUGCCUAUUUCAUCUUUGCGAAAGGAGGAACCUACACCAGUAGCAAUGGAAUUACAUACCAUGACAACACCCCCAUCAUAUCCAACAAAAAGAUCUGUAUUCCGGACAAUACCCCGUGUACUGAGGUAACAGAGACCAGUUCGACAACCACCACAGAAGCACCUGUUCAGCGGACGGAGGUUCGAGCUGAAUUCAGAAUAACCAACACGGCAUGGAAUGCUAGGCUGGCGGACAUGACGAGUCCAGAGUACACAGCACUAGUGGGAAAACUACAUACAGCUCUGGUCACUCUGUUCAGCAAUAUAACAGGAUUUUUGGACGUAAAGAUUCUAAAAUUCAGGCCCGGUAGUGUGAUAGUGGAGUAUGAUAUCAUCAUGGCGGGAGAUCAGGUGACCGCAUCACGUGGGGCGACUGAUUUGACAGAGAGGCUGAAAGCCCAGAGUCAGCUGGGUGAUUUCACACUGGAUAAAGAUAGCGUGAAAUUGGUCCAACCAAAGCCUGUGGAAGAAGAAGAGAAGACACUUCCGGUUCCUUUAAUCAUCAUCAUCGCCAUCUCCGCCGCCGGCGUUUUCUUGAUACUUUGUCUUGGCACUUGUAACUGUAUCAGAGUUCGUCACCAGAAACAGAAAGAAAAUGAUUAUACACAAAUAAUCCCCAAGAAUCAAGGCAAUGCACCAUCGUUAUCAUAUGACGAAUGGUCACGACAACAACAGUUUGAUAAUCCUUCCUACACCAAUGGAUACGGUGAAGAAGGCGGUAAAACAAAGGAAUUCAGUACAAACCCUGAUCAACGAAAAGAAACUGGUUCUUUCAUCAGACCUUAUGUGGCAUAGUCAUCUACGCAGAUCAAGGCAAUGUCAUUCACACUAUGCUUACUUUGCUGAGAAGUAUACUCCCAGAUAUGAAAUAAUCAAAGAGCGCUAUGAUUAAACUGCAUAAGACAUAGUGAAUUUGUUUUCAAUACGCAUACAUGUGCUUUUAUAACUUAUUAGUAACUGAAUACUGUGUGUGCCAUAGUAGUUAUUUUUUGUUAGAUUAUUUGUUAGCUUUGGGGAUUUUAUGACAAUAUAUCGGUAUUCAACAGCAUAAUAUAUCAAUAUAACAGAGUAUUUGUAAUGUUCUUUCAUCAUACAUAUUCUAAUGUCUCUUAUGUAUAUGUGUAUAUGAUAUAUAUGUGUAUAUGAUAUUUAUAUUGAACUUUAUUUUCUAAGAUGUAAUGGUCCUUGACAUUAUCUGUCAUGACUUGCUGGACAAGUCACUAUUUUAAAGAAAUGAAAAGAGUGGCCUCCUCUUUUCUGUGAGUGUAACUCUUAAUAGAGUUCUAUUUCCUUGCAUUUCAUGUUUCUUAUUAUGUAUUUUUCAAUUUUAUUUUGAUAUUAAAUAUAUUCAACUUUAA